AUGACAGACACCUCAGUCUUGGAUCAAUGGAAAGCAAAUCUCUUUGUGGAGGAUUUCCUUGAGAAAAAAACAAUUACAGGAAUGGUGACCCAAAUUAAUGGUGAAUUUGAGGAAAUUGUUCCAAGUUCAAAUCCAAAUUCCCAAACUGAAGUAGAGGAAGCCAGUUUAUAUACCCACGAGGACUACAGUGAAGUCUGUACACCUGUCAGCUGUUCAGAAAAAUGUCCAGCACUUCAAGAACAAAACCAAGAUUUAUCUAUUGAUGAUGAAGAAAUAAUUUUCAUAAAUAGUUUGAUGACUUAUAAAAAUCAGCUGCCAACUUCGCAUACUCUCCUGAGUAGACUAAAAUUAUUUUUGGUAAAGGAUCCCCUUUUAGAUUUCAAAGGACAAAUCUUCAAAGAAGCUAAUUUUUCCAGGGAAUGUUUCUCUUUCCAAGAAGAUUUGGAAGUUUUUGUGAAAGAAGACUUUUGUAUGGAUAAAGAGAACUUUUGUCAGGAGAAACUAGAAGAUACAGUAAGUUUAAAUCAGCCAUCAAGUUUUCCUCUUAAAUCUGAAUGCUUAAUAUCUACAAGCCUCAAACAAGAAAUUGAUAUUCCAUCAUCCUCGGAACUGAAGGAGUCAUUAAACUUAAUGCCAGAAAUAAUAAAUUAUGUAGAUGAAAAUGAACAGCGUUUCAAAAGAGAUCUUACUACCAAACAUUCAGUUGACAUUGAGGAUAUGAAAUGCAGCUCCACAGAGAUUUUGACCAUCCAAAGCCAGAGUGAACCAGAGUACAGUGAACCAGGAGAGUUAGAAAUGCCACUAACUCAUCUACCCCUAACAAGCCAACAUUCUUCAGUGAAUUCGUUAUGUAUAGGACUUCAGACAUUUCCAUCUUCUCCUGUUGGUGAAAUUAGUUUGCUUACUGCUAAAAAAUCAGCAAAGAAAUAUUGUAUGGUGUGGCACUUAGGAAGCUGCAGAAGCUCUUUGAACUCAUUUUUGCUUACAGUGCCAAGAAUUCGAGAGCCCAACAGUCAAUAUUCAGUUACAGAUUUGAAAAAGUUUUUGUCUGUUGAAGAAGAAAGCGUUGGGAUUAAUUCCAUAAAGGCAGGCUGGUGGAAACAGGCAGGACUAAAUCUAAUGAUGACAGAAACUUUGAAACAUCUGAAUACAUAUUUGCAUCAUGAGCAUCUGUCUUCUAAUGACACUGAAAUGGAGAUAUUUUUGCCUACAAAAAUGCUUCCAUUAGAAUAUAAAGAAGAAUGUUCUUUGACUCUUCAAGAAGAAAGUCCUAUUGUUUGUACUAAUAAAACCCUGAAGAAAAUAAACCAGGAAAGGGGAACAAAUAAUGUCCUUGAAAUUCAAGCAUCAGAUAGCCAGUGCCAAGCGUACUCUCUCCUAGAAGCAGCAGCUACUCCUAUCUUAAAAAAACUUAUGUGCCUCUGUACUCUCCCUGCUGCUAAUUGGAAAUUUGCCACUGUUAUUUUUGACCAAACAAGGUUUCUCUUAAAAGAACAAGAAAAAGCAGUAAGUGAUGCUAUUCACCAAGGUACAAAUAAUGAAAGAGAAAUGAUAUUCAAGCAUGCUGCCCUCCUACACCUUCUGGUAACAAUUAGAGAUGUCCUUUUAACAUGCAGCUUGGACACAGCAUUGGGAUAUUUGUCAAAUGCAAAAGAUAUCUACAGAAGCAUUUUAGGCUCCUGUUUGGAUGAUAUUUGGAGGCAGUUGGAGAUUAUUCGGUUUAUUAGGGAAAAAAAGCCUGAAACCAACUACAAGACACAGGAAUUGCAAUGUCAGAUACUAAGUUGGAUGCAAAGUCAACAGCAAAUUAAGGUGCUGGUUAUAAUAAGAAUGGACUCAGACGGUGAAAAACAUUUACUCAUUAAGAUUCUUAAUAAAAUGGAAGUGCUCAGUACAAGUUCCUGUAUAGUUGUACAUAAUCAAUAUAUUGGAGCAGAUUUCCCCUGGAGUAACUUCUCAUUUGUGGUGGAAUACAAUUAUGUGGAAAAUUCUUGUUGGACUGAACAUUGUGAGAAGUUGAAUAUUCCAUACAUAGCCUUUAAAGUGGUUCUUCCAGACACAGUUUUAAAAAGUAAGGAUAUAAACCAAAAUCUUUUUCAUUUUUAUAGCAUCACUUCCUUAUUCAAGAUUAAUUCUUCUUCCACAACAAAAUCACCUGAAAUUUCAUCACCUCGGGAAAAUGGGAAUCAGACUGAUACCUUCACUUCUCAGAGUUCAGCUUCUGGCUCUUCCGACUCUAUCAUUCAAGAACAUAAUGAAUUUUACCAAUAUUCAGAAUUAGGAGAGACAGUACAGGAAGACAUAAACAACACUUCAAAUUAUAACUCUGCCCUUAUGGAACUAAAAAAAGUGCCACGCACUUUACCAUCUGUAACUUCAUACAAUCAGCCUAGCUACUGGAAAGACUCCAGUUGUAACCCUAAUAUAGUGGAGAAUAAUAAUCCUUUUCUAGUUAAUAUAGAAUCAAGGAAAGCAGCUUGUAACUCCUUUGUAAACCAGAAUGAUUCAGAGUCAGAUGUCUUUUCUUUGGGCCUAAGACAAAUGAACUGUGAAACUAUAUCACCAACUGACACUCUGAAGACAGUUGUCCCUAAUUUUAUAAAUUAUCGGAGAAAAGGAACACAUGAAGCAAAAGGAUUCAUAAAUAAAGAAGUAUCUGCCCCUAUCUUUUCACUAGAAGGCUCUCAAUCUCCUCUUCAUUGGAACUUUAAAAAAAAUGUAUGGGAACAAGAGGAUCACUCAUCCAACUUACAAUAUGUUACAGAGCAGACUACAUGUGACAAGUGGUACUCUCAGGAAGAUAAUUUAUUCACUAAUCAGCAACAAUGUCUGUUGGAUGAGUUAGCAGACGUCACACGUGAAAGUUCAAAUGUUGAAACUAAAAAGACUUUUUGGAGAGGAUUACCAUCUGUCCCCAGUUUGGAUUUAUUUUGUCCUUCUGAGUCUAAUGUAAAUCAAAGAGAAUUCAACAGACUUUAUCACCACCAAGGAACUGGAAAGUGGUUAGAACGGAAAAGGCACCCUGAAUCUUCAUCUAACCCAAGAGACAAGGAAUCAUUAACAGGUUUCAUGUACUCACCACUACCACAAUUCAAAAAACGACGUCUAGUGUAUGAAAAAGUCCCUGGUAGAGUUGAUGGACAGACUCGGCUGAAGUUUUUUUGA